CGCCCUCACCGCCCUGGUUCCCCAGCACCGCGGUCUCCCCCUGCGGCGGAGGGCGAGCCGGCACCUGGUCCACCAUGAGCCUGACCAAGACUCUGCAGGAGUUGAUCUCGGUCUUGGCCCGAGCCGGCACCUUUGACCGAGUUCUGGACAAGGUGACCGCUGUCUCUGCCCUUCCUGACAAAGUGAUCUGUGAAAUGAAAGUGGAGAAAGAGCACACCAACAAAGCCGGCACCCUGCACGGCGGCCUCACGGCCACGCUGGUGGACGUCAUCUCGACCGUGGCUCUGAUGUGUUCGGAAAGGGGGGCCCCCGGAGUGAGCGUCGAUAUGAACAUAACGUACCUGUCCCCAGCUAAACUCGGAGACGACAUUCUGAUUACAGCACACAUUCUGAGACAGGGGAGGACACUGGCCUUUGCCUCUGUGGACCUGACCAACAAGGCCACGGGCAAACUGAUAGCACAGGGCAGGCACACGAAGCACCUGGGACACUGACGGCCGCGUGGCCGAGGCCCACGGCGAGCAUGGCGUCGGGCUCCAGUGGAUUUUCACAAUAAAUGCGCAUGGCCCGAGUA